AUGGAUACAGACGCCGGUGCUACGCGUGACCCCCGUCUCGCCAGGCCCUUAGCCAGGCCGCCCCUGAACCGCCCUCCCUCUGUGGAUGCUACUUCAAGCGCCUCCCCUACGCGCUUCAGACCCGGAUCCCAGACGGUCGGAAGCUCCUCGCCCGUUGAUGCCCAAAAUGCUACUGCCGAUCAAUUUAUACGUGGGAUCUCCGACCUUGUCCAAGCCGCCGUGAUUGCUGCCAACGGCAAAUCCGAACAGGAGAGGCUUAAGAAGAAGAGAGAUGCCACUGAUGCCCUGCUUAGGAAAGCUAAAGUUCACUCUAGUUUUCCGUCCACUACAGCCUUUUUCCAGCAGUCCAAGGAGGAAGAGGACGCUGAUCUGGCUCAGCUUGAUAAAUGCCUCGAGAAGCAUGCCAACGACUACAGAGACCUGGAGAAUGCUUUGAAAGCCAAAUUUAGCUCGAUCAUGUCACUGGAGCCCCUAACCAGGGUCAAUCAACUACAAAGUGAGGUACAACAUGCGAAGAAGGAUAUCAUAAGGCUGCAUGACUACAACAUCAACCUGGAGGGCAAGAUGUCGGCAGUGCAGGAUAAGGUCGGCUCAUUCAUUAGCCUGCAAGAUAGGGUUAACUCGCUUGAGAAGGCUACCUCAUAUCACGCGAAACUUGCGAGAGAGAAUGCUGAGCGUGUCACCAAAAUAACCGCGGAUGUGGAAACCACGUUGGCAUCGAAGGAACAAGAAAUCAACUCGGCCGCUUCCAAGACACAGAUGGAUGAGUUAAGGAAGCAGACCUCGGACUUGACCAGGCAGAUCGAAGUCUUGCAGAAGUCUCAGCGUGAAUGCUCCGAUUAUUUGAAAAAGAUGAACAAGAGUAUGGACGAUCAUCGCCGGCAACAGGACACCCGGAGCAUGGAGAACACACGAUCGUUGACAUCGCUUACUGCACGCCUAACUUCGGUCGAAGAGAAGAAUAACCGGCUCCCCUCCCCUGCUGUAGUAACUGCGCCUGAGCCUUCAGCCAAGUCUGAAGAACUGGCGUCCCGAUUACAAAAGCUGGAAGGACAACUCUCGGGACAGCACGAGCGUCGCAUUAAACAAAUGGAAGAUCAGCUUCAAGGACUGCAAACAAUACAACAGAUGAAAGACGACUUCCAAUUCAAGGAAAUCGAGGAUCUCAAAAAGGUGUGGGAAAGAGGCGCCCAAGAAUUCGAACAGAUCAGGAGCGACUAUGCCCGGGUCAGUGAGGAGCUGAAAGGCCUGAGCCAAGCUCAAGCAGUAGCAAACCCCGCUGAGGUUCAGGCGCAUAUUCAAGGGAUUGCGUCCGGACUUAUGAACAUGCAAAAUAUGGUCGAAACUUUGAGAGUUGCAUUACAUUCCCUCGAAACUCGGUACAACAAUCUAUCUACGGAUACCAUUGUGAAACACAUGGUGGUGGCUAUGCAAGAGAUGUACCCAUCAACCGCGCAGCUGACAGAACAAAUAAACCUCGUUAGAGCAUGGUUUGAGCGGGAUAUUCCUCCAUUGAAAGCAAUAACGGAACGUCUGCACGUGCAUCAGGUGAAUUUGGUGGAACAGACACAGAAAGAUAUGGCUUUGAGAAUGGAGGAAAUCAAUCGCCUGAGGAGCCAACAGACAAAUCUCUCUCAGUCGCUCGCCCCGGUCUGGGAGCGACUUACCGCUCAAAACCAGAACCGUUGGCUCACCGCUGAUGAUCUGCGGCAAAUGCAGAAUGAUCUGACAUCUUUGGCGGCAAAGAUUGAUGAACAUACGAACAAACUCGACGGAUACGUGGAGUCGCGCGAGGCAAAGGAUCAACUGCUCCACGACGACCUAACAACGGGCAGAAACAACCUGCACAUGCAGCUCCACGCCAUUGCCGAAAGGCAAACGGAACUUGAGAAAUUAUGUUCCGAAUUCCAGAAGGCCAAUGAUCUACCGGAUCAAGUCCGAGCCCUUGCCGCAAGACAGGAGGAGUUCAUAAAGGGUUUCAGCAACUCGCAGAAUGACGAUUUGAGAGAUCAAGUUAAGGAGCUAGCUGAUAAGCAGGAAAACCUGACAAAAGGUCUCUCUGUAUAUCGGGAGGAGGGCCUGCAAGAUCAGGUCAGGGCUCUGGCAGAUGAACAGAAGAAGCUACUCGAUAAAUUCUCUGAUUCUCAACAAGACAAGAUACGGAGGCAAAUCAAGUCUCUGAUUGACGAACAAAAAACAUUGGCUGGGAGACUCGUCAAAACCCAGGAGGAACACGAUCAGCUUAAAGCCCUUGUCGAAGCUCAAGAAGACCUCGCAAAGAAACUUUGUGAGAUCCAAUCGAGCAAUGAAGAUGACUUGAAGGUGUUGAAAGCCUGUCCAGAUGAGCUUAAAGCAGUACUUGACCGUGUUUGUCAACUUGAAGCGUCCACGCUCGAAAAAUAUCAGACUGUUGUGGAAGAACACAAACUACUGGAAGGCUCGACGUCAAAGAAUCUUACAGGCCUAACUGAAAGGGUGGAUGGCCUAAUGAAACUGGUCGAGAGCAGCCAGCAACCUCCACAACUAGAAGCGCCCCCUCAGCAAGAAGACAAUCCCGAUGCAAUGAAAGAUGAGGAUGAAGCCAACGAUCAGGAUUCUGAGGUCGCCAGGUUCAUGAGCAUGGCUGAAACAACCCCAGCACGUGCCCUAAAAGAAAGGAAGAGAAAACGGCCUAUUACAUCUAAUAAUGCAUCCGACGAGGAUCGUUCCAGCUUAAGUCGGCCCGAAUCACCGACUUCCAAUGCUGCAGGCUCUACUGCAGGAGGAGACGCCGGGCCAUCAACCGACAGGAAAAGCAAGAAAAAGAAGGGAAAGAAGCGGAAAUUACAAAAGAAUAGAGGACCGCAGGCAUCAGGCAACGUAAUAACGAUUGACUGAAGGGGAGUUGUAGGUGUAUAAAGCUAAAGGUGACCCCCCUGGAGGGAGCAAUUUGAAGCAAUACACAUCACGAGAUUACGAAUGUUAUGAAUCAGUCGUUAGUCUGAAGAAAGAAGAAGGAAAAGUUGGUUUCAAUUCUGCUGGAUAUCCCCUUUGUCAAUAAUUCUUUUUCUUUAUUUUCUCCUCCACUCUUUUGUGGUCCUGGGCGCCAUAAGCCCAGACCUCUCUUACUUUCUUCUGUUCAAUAGUCUUUUCUUUUUUUUUCUUUUCAAGGUCACGGGGGGUAGGGGGAGAAGGGACCUGCACAUAAGCAAGAAUGUACAAGUGGAGUCUGAGUCAGUUCUGUCUUGUCUGUCUAUACAUCCAUCCAUCAAACCAAGCAUGACUGUAGCAAUCAAUCAAGGAGCCUCCUGAAGGAACUUCAGAACAGCU